AUGCCGAAGUCGCUUCUUUUUGCUCUAAGCGUCGGCAUGAUUAGCCCACCACAUUUUAACCUGCCAGUUUCUCCAGAGCGCAUCCUCACAACCUGUCAGUAUGGGCGCGCUUCUAUCCCUGCCUUUGAUGGCAGUCCCAAGUAUCGGAACGUGACGUUUGGCGCAUCAUGUUGCGGUGCUGCGACCUGCUCUGCGAUAUGCAGUGCAUGCGGGAAGUUCCAAAGCAGCAUGGCAACCCGAAUCGCAUACGCCUUCAUACUAUUAAUAAACUCCAUCCUAUCCUGGGUCAUGCUCACACGAUGGGCACUCAAUCAACUAGAACAUCUUACGUUCGACUUCCUUCCUAUAACGUGCGACGGCAAAAAGUGCCAUGGUUGGGUAGCCGUCCACCGAAUCAACUUCGCCCUCGGCCUCUUCCAUAUCAUACUUGCUGUGCUUCUCCUUGGAGUCCGGUCUACGAAAGAUGAACGAGCAAAGCUACAAAACGGAUUCUGGGGCCCAAAAGUUAUCGUCUGGCUAGCGUUCAUCGUCUUAUCGUUCUUUAUCCCGGAAAGCUUCUUCAUCGUAUGGGGCAACUACAUUGCCUUUGUCGGAGCUAUGCUCUUCCUCCUACUCGGUCUCGUCCUCUUGGUCGAUCUUGCACACAACUGGGCCGAGCUUUGCCUGCAAAAGAUUGAAGAAAAUGGAUCCCGGAUGUGGAAGGGUUUGUUAAUUGGCUCUACGCUCGGAAUGUAUCUUGCCUCCAUUGCCAUGACCAUCCUCAUGUACAUCUUCUUCACUGGCCAUAAGUGUGCCAUGAACAAGGCUGCAAUCACCAUUAACCUCCUCGCCUUCAUCAUUGUUUCUCUCAUUUCUGUACAGCCAGCGGUACAGGAAUCUAAUCCUCGUGCCGGGUUAGCCCAGGCGGCUAUGGUCACCGUCUACUGCACUUACCUAACCAUGUCUGCCGUGUCCAUGGAACCGGAUGAUAAAAAUUGCAAUCCUCUACUACGCGCCAACGGUACGAGAAAUGCAUCUAUUGUCCUAGGUGCCGUAGUCACUAUGUUGACAAUUGCCUACACUACAACCCGUGCCGCCACCCAAGGCUUCGCAAUGGGGUCCAGUGCUGCGCAAAACAAUUAUUCAAGUCUCAGCCAGGAUGAGGCAGAGCACGGCCUGGUAGUCCAACAGCCAGGACUCACCCGUCGUGAAAUGCGCGCCGAAGCCCUUCGUGCCGCCGUUAACAGCGGCAGUUUACCUGCCAGUGCUUUAGAUGAUGACGAUGACGAGUCAGACGAUGACAACAACUCGAAGGAUGACGAGCGUAACUCAACACAAUACACCUACUCCCUGUUCCACUUUAUCUUCCUGUUGGCAACAAUGUGGGUUGCCACUUUGUUAACACAAAACUUCGAGGUGGAAGCUCAGGACAACCUCGCGCCUGUCGGCCGAACAUACUGGGCCAGCUGGGUGAAGAUUGUCAGCUCCUGGGUGUGCUAUACCAUAUAUCUAUGGACUCUGGUGGCACCUGUUCUCCUCCCAGACCGUUUCAACCUAUGA